ACUAUUUGUUGCAUUUUUGUAGUGUUAGUUUAAAUAUACCUACCUCAAAAAUGGCUUAAUUCGUUUAUCAUUCAUUUCAUUAAGUUUAAAAGCAGUGACAUGAAUUAUAGCACUAGGAAAGCGUUGUAUAGAGUCAUCUUAGUGUUUAAACAUCCAGUUAAAUCCUAUAAAAAAGUGUUGAAGACAUACCCAGUGUUGGUGCAAUCAUUACAGACGGGUAUUUUGUAUGGAUGUAGUGACGUGUUAGCACAACACUUUGUUGAGAGAGUGCCUUUGAGUGAUAUCGACACGAGGAGAUCCCUUAUUUUUUCAACGGUUGGAAUAAUCUAUACAGGCCCCAUUGUAACAUUAUGGUAUAGAUUUCUUUCCAGAAAGAUUGGAACAACAGGCAAUAUAGUAACUAUUAAGAAAGUAAUCAUCGAUCAAUUUGGUUUCGUACCAUUCUUCCAUUUAGGCUUGCUAACCACACUUAACACGUUGCAUGGCCAGAACAUUGAAGAUCUUAGAGAUCAAUUGAGAUUAAAAUAUUUCGAUAUACUUUUUGCAAGCGUUAGAUUAUGGCCCAUGGUACAAUUGAUUAAUUUUAGGUUUACACCUUUGAACUAUCAAGUUUUGGUGAGCCAAAGUGUUGCUUUAUUUUGGAAUGUUUACGUAUCUUGGAAAACUCAACAAGGCGUUACAGAGAACAAAAGUGGUAGUCAUAAGGACAUAGUCAAAUGUCCUUUAAUAUCAAAAGCUGUUUAAAAGUUCAAAGUUUAUAGACCUGGAUCAAGCGUACCAAAAAAAGGUGAUUAAUAGAAAGCUAAAAAUUUGUUAAUAGCUUAACGGUGUCUAGUCGGACAAACUGUGAUGUACGGGAACACUGGAACAGGGGAAGCUUUAAUUGUGGAACAGGUUAAAAAUUUGGAACGUCAGACUACGAAAACGUCCCAUGUAUUUUGUCGGACGACAGAACUUCCAAUUGAUUUGUUUUACCCUUUCAUUAAAUUCUUGUGUAAAAAACAGACUGGUAUUUACCAACAACAUAAUUCCUGUCAUUUGUCAUGUUCUACGUGUCGGACUUAUGGAAAAUGCCCAAUAAAUUUGUCAAACAAACAUUUUUUCACAUAUUAUAAUAUAAAGUUUGCUAUUCAAUAAACUUAAAAACAACCUGCUAAUUUUCACAAUCAUAAACUUUGUCACUUUCCAAAAUUAAAAUCACGUUCCACAAUUAAAACUUCCCCUAUUUCAGUUUUCCCCUACAUCAAGUUUGUGCGACUAAUUACCAAUUUUCAGCUUGCUAUUAACCAACUUUUUUUUGGUACGCGAUAUCAAGGCCUAUUAGAAAAAAUCAAACCUCAUAAGAUGCACAAUAAUGUAUAAAACAAAAUUUCUAUUUUUUAAUAUUUUAAAUAUUUAAACCAUAAACCGCACCAGUAUUCAUCUUUAGGUUGUUUAAUAAAGUUUUAAAUAUUUAUUAGAUAUAUUAUAUUUAAAUUAUUAUGGUUUACACGUGAUUUUAAUUAAUUUUCUGUUAACAUACUAAGUUAAGAAAUAUUUAUUAUUUUCUA